UGUGGAGCGCGGGCCCGGGCUGGGCUGGGCUGGGGCGGGCACUGUGUGCAGAGGUGGAGUCAUGGCCAUUCAGCUCGGCCGCGGGGCCGCUCUCCGCCUGUGGCUCUCACAGAGCUACAAUGUACCCGCGUGCAGCUCGUUGAGAGCCUCCAGUACCCUUUCUGAUGAAAAGAAACAGUUUCUGGAAGUGGGUCCUGACCUGCGAGAGUUUAUAAAUGGUAAUUUGUCAGACAAGAAGGUGUGGGAAGAAUAUAAAGGCAACCUUAAGCGACAAAAAGGAGAAAGACUACGACUACCUCCAUGGUUGAAGAGAGAGAUUCCUAUUGGGAAAAAUUAUAAUAAACUAAAGAAUACAAUUCGGAAUUUGAAUCUUCACACUGUGUGUGAAGAAGCAAGAUGUCCAAAUAUUGGCGAAUGCUGGGGAGGGGGAGAGUAUGCCACUGCAACAGCAACCAUUAUGCUGAUGGGUGACAGCUGUACCAGAGGCUGUAACUUCUGUUCUGUAAAGACCAGUAGAAAACCUCAGCCACUAGAUCCAGAUGAACCAUACAACACAGCAAAAGCAAUAGCAGAUUGGGGCCUGGAUUAUGUCGUACUGACCUCUGUGGACCGAGAUGAUCUUUUAGAUGGUGGAGCAGAGCACUUUGCAAAGACAGUAUUGCAAUUAAAAGAAAGAAAUCCCAAGAUUAUGGUGGAAUGCUUGACCCCUGACUUCAGAGGUGAUCUAAAAGCAGUUGAAAAAAUUGCGGUUUCAGGGCUUGAUGUGUAUGCACAUAAUGUGGAGACUGUCCGGGAGCUGCAGAGGAGGAUUCGUGAUCCUCGAGCAAAUUUUGACCAAUCUUUGAGUGUCCUGAAACAUGCCAAGAAAGUGAAGCCUAAUCUUCUUUCCAAAACAUCAAUAAUGUUGGGAUUGGGUGAGACUGAUGAAGAAGUACACUCAACCCUGAAAGAACUACGUGAGGCUGGUGUGGACUGUUUAACGUUGGGACAGUAUAUGCAACCUACAAAACGAAAUCUAAAGGUUGAAGAGUAUGUAACUCCAGAGAAGUUUCAGUAUUGGGAAACUGUUGGAAAUGAGCUGGGAUUUCUGUACACAGCAAGUGGGCCCCUGGUACGCUCGUCAUAUAAAGCAGGUGAAUACUUCUUGAAGAAACUUCUACACAGCCGACAAGCUGAAGUGAAUUAGACAACUCAGAAAACUGACUGCCUGCAUCAAGGAGCUUCUAUUAAAUCAGUGAUAUUUUUCCCUGAAUAUUGCAACUUAUUUUAAUGAAGAAAGACAUUACUUAUUAACCACUUGUUGUGAUAUAGCUGACAGGCUGCUUGAACCAAGUUGAACCUAUUUCUUACAGAUUCUCCUGAGGAAAUACACUUUUUAAAACCAAAACUACAAAUCAUUCAUCAUUUGCAUUCCACAAAACAUUUAGUGCUUUUUAACUGGUACUUGCACAAGUUGAGGAAGACUUUGAUUUGGUCAGUGAAUAUAGUGAGUAUAUGUACUCGUCCUACGGGAGUUAGUUUAAUGACAAGCCAGCAUUCUACAUACACACGUUCUGUGACUUGGACACAAAAAGUGAAUUGUUUUCAAUAACUGUACAAGUUGAUUAAGUUAGUUUUAGAAAUUUGGAAGUAGGGAUUAAUAGCUACAAGUUUAAAAUAAAUUUGAUGAAAAGGACUUUCUGGGUGAAAAAAGGGAAAUAGAAUGCUAGACUGCUUAAUUUACAGUAUACUGACCUAAAUCUUAUCUGGUGCCUGAGCGAAAAGAAGAUCUGUCUCCAACUAUACUUAUUGAAAUUAGAGUUUGACUGACUCAUUUGUACAGUAUUACGUUUGACAAAUUCUUUAUGCGGUGGGUAACAAAAUGGCAGUAACUUUUCAGAUGUACACUGGUUAAUUAAAUGUUGCACUUGUGUGGUA